GGACUCAGUCCGCCGAAGACUUUAGAAGUUAAGAAAUAUGAAUUAUCACAUCCAAUAAACGUGAUAAGUACUAUCAAAUAAUAAAUUUUGAAAUUUACAGAGAAUGUAUUGAGAUUUUCCAAUAUAAACAUUUUAAAUUAGUAGAUAAGUUAUCAUCACUACAAAACAAACAUAAUAUGUGCAUACAUAUGUUUGUUUAAAAAUACUGCAAUAUUUAUUGUAUUAAGAUUUUUGAUAAUAAAUUAUCAUUGUUAUUUAUUGAUAGUAAACGACAAGGUUUAAAAUGUUUUAUAUGAUUAAAUAAACAUAAAAUAAUACAUUUUCAAAUUCAUUCUAACGUAAACGCAGGUUUCAUAUAACCUCAAAAAAUUGUGUCGUGUACAACGUGUGUAUUGCUGUUUAUUGUGUAAGUUUACGUUUAUGGCUAAGCGAAAUUUCGUGUUGAAACACAACCAACUGUAAUUACUCAAGACUAUAAAGGCUCGAUAAAUCAUCUUUGUUAAUUAAAAAGUCGCGUGUCUCGCUAAAUAAUACCUACAACUUCCCAUUAUUCAUUUGGAAAUUAAUAGUUCUCUUCUCAAAAUUCUUCGUUUCGCAGGUUUUAUUAGAAUGGCUUCGACGAAAACUAAAUCGAGGCCCUUGGUGCUUUGUGGUCCCUCCGGAUCAGGUAAAAGUACCUUCCUAAGUAAAUUGAUGACGGAUUUCCCAAAUAGAUUUGGAUUCUCAGUUAGUCACACAACCAGAAAACCUCGGCCAGGUGAAAAAGAAGGUGAUCAUUACCAUUUUACCGAUAGGGAGUCUAUAAAAAAAGCAAUUGAUGCUGGAGAUUUCAUUGAAUCUGCUGAAUUUAGUGGAAAUAUUUAUGGGACAAGCAAAAAAGCUGUUGAAACUGUGUGUGAAAAAGGAAAAAUAUGCAUAUUAGAUAUUGAUAUUCAAGGUGUUAAGCAGGUUCGGAAUACACACUUACAACCGUGGUAUAUAUUUUUAAUGCCUCCUUCAUUGGAAGUUUUGGAAAAUAGAUUAAAGAGUAGAAACACAGAAACAGAAAAGAGUUUAAAAUUAAGGUUAGAGACAGCUGCAAAAGAAAUCGAAUAUGGGACUACUCCAGGCAAUUUUGACUUUAUUGUUAUUAAUGAUAAUUUAGAACAUGCUUAUUCACAAUUAAAAGGAUUUAUUGAAGGUAAUGUUUUAAAAGAGGACAACAAUAUCAAUGAUGUUCAAAUAGCUUAAAUUAUUUUUGUCUAUCUGAUUAAUUGACUGUUGAUAGAAUGUUUAAACUUAUUUAAUUAGAAAGGAAAGAAUAAAUGUGGUUAUUUUAAGAAAUCAAUUAUAUUAAUGUGGGGUACUCAUGUAGAAAUAUUUGAUUAAAAAAUGUAUAUUAAUUCUAUUUUAUUCAUUAUGAGAGUGUCUGUUAAAGAUAUCAAUAUAAAAAGGACUGUAAAGUAGAAUAAGCAUUUAUCCAGUCAAAAAACUGAAUGUUAAAAGUAGCAAUAAAUGUAAAACAACAAUGUUAUUGUAUUAAUGGUAGAAAUUAACGAAAUAUUCAUCUAUGAAAGUGAGAUAGAUAUAGUAAUAAAUGUGUUAAGUUUCUUGAAACUUUUUUAAAUAUUUAUUUGAUUUCUUAUAUUUGCCAAUUAAAAAAUAAUAUCUACUCUGUCCAGAAAGGUUUACUUUUAUUGUAUAUGCACUCAUUUCACUACAUUUUCUUUUGCAUUUUAUUACUAGUUUCUGUAUUUAAUUGCAGGUUUGUCAAGAACAUCUGUUCUCAACUAAAUUUCUUUUGUUAUUACUAUUAUAUUUAGAUAAUUUAUUUUUUUAUACUGUUCAUAUUUUUUGUGUAAGUCAUUAGCUUAAAUAUUAUACUUAUUUUGUACUUUUUAUUUAUUUACUACCAAUGUUAAUGUAAAAUCUUUAAGUUGAUUAAACCAUUUUUUUGUAUAUUUAAAAAAAAUUAUGUGUUAACCACUAAAAAGAACAUCACUUUUACUUAAUAGCUGAAUCAAAGAUUAACUGUAACAACUUAACUUAAACAACGACUCGUUUUAUUUGAACAGUAGAAUUUAACAUCUGUUCCUGUAAUCUGUGAGUACGUGAUAUCUAAUAAAGUUUUCUCCAAGCAUC